CGCUACCGAAUGCCGCUAACUGGACCGCUAAUAAGACAUUUGCAUAAUUAUCAUCAUAAUAAUAAUUAUAAUAUCAUUUGGGCAUCAGUGUGGGCAGUGUGGUCGUCAGCAUCGUGGUCAGCAUUGAGUUCAAAGGUCUUCAUAGUGUUUGUUCUGGUGGUGAUUCUUUUAUUCGGAUACUAUUAUGCAGAAAUAAUGGCGGACGGCAGUGCAUCAGACAACACCUCGAUUAGCACAUUUUUGAAAGAAUGCGGUGCUAAUCCAGCAAUAUUGGCAAAUUUUGAACAAAAUGGAAUUACUGACCUGGAGCUGCUAAAUGAAGUUUCACAAAGUGAAGGGGAUUUCAGGCAGUUAGUGCCAUGUAUGGGUACUAGAUUGAAAAUAAAGCUCAAAUUGAGAAAUUCCUUAGAGGAAAUAAUAUUACCUUUUGAAGAUGACAUCAUCAGUGAAGGUACUGUUCAGGAAAAUACUAACAGAAUAGUUCCAAUUGGACAAUCAACUCCAGGCUCUAAUGCUUGGGAAACUACCAGCAGCAGCAUAAGUCACAUUGAUUGUGAGGAACCCCCUAACAAAUAUAUUAUACUAGAACAUAUUGACCUUCCAAAAGCACAACCAAAAAAAAAUCAGGCAGUGUUGGAACCUGAUGUUGACAAGCCACAAGAAAUUGAAUUACCCCAUCUACUUGAACAGACCAUAGUUGGAAGGGCUAUCAAGAGUAUUUACAAACUGAAAAAGCAGCUUGAUUCAAGAUGUCAAGCUUAUCUAGCUGAUAUAAUCAUUCAACACUAUGUGAACAUUCGACCCUUUAGGAGGCUGCAAAAUUCGGAUUUCAAUAAGAUCUCUCAAGACAUCGCAAAAUUAUUUCCUAAUGAAGUACCUGGAGUUUAUUAUACUGCACCAAUAAAAAAGAGGAACUCCAGGAAUAAUAAAAGUAUUGUUGCAAGAGGGAAGCUCAUUGAUAAAUACAGGAACAAACUCAGUUUUUUGAGGAAGGCAAGCGCAUUACCAACAAGAUUAUUUGAUGAAACUGAUACAGAUGAUUCAAGUCAUUUUGCGGAUGAUGUACAAAUAGACUUCGAAGACGAUGUGACCUGGCUUAAAAAUAGCCGCGCUCCAUGGGCAGAAGUUCAAGAAAAAUGGUCCAACACAUUUCCAUUCCGACAAGCUUUAUUGUCUAAAGAAGUGGGAAUACAAGAAAUACUUGACGAAUUUUCUAUUAUCAAAGAUCCCUUGGGAUACACACUAGUAGAUUCCGAUUUCAAAUUGAGAUAUCCUGGGAACUAUCGAAAAAUUUACACUAAAUUUGAAUCUGUCUUCAAUAGCCUACUGGAGACGCGCAGGAAACAUCUUACACCAGCAGAUAAUUUGAUCCUAGAUAUUAUUCAGUCUCCUGAUGUUAACCAAGAAUCUAAGACCGUUUUGAUGCUGAACAUCUUGAUUUCUUUGCUGCCUACAAAAUCAUUUAAUAAGAAAUCAAAAACCAACUGGCAUCCUACAGUUAAUGAAUCAAAGGAAGGCAUUUUCGUUCAAAUUAAAAAUGCUGGUGACCUGGAAAAUGUCGUAGAAGGAAAAAGGGCUACUAUGAAAAAGUAUGGCUUACCCAUGUUACCAUUUGUUAUCGUAGAAUCCCCCACCUACACAGAAAUCAAAAAUAUAUAUGUGAGUUUUGACAGAACAGUUUAUAAGCUAAUUUCUGUUUUGAAGGCUAUAGAUGUUUGCUUCCAACUGAUACAUGUUCUAAAUUUAGUGUAUCCAUUUGAAUCAGAGCACAUUUGGAUGUUUAUUCAAUUAUCAAUGUAUGAACUAAAAACAAAUUUCGACAAUAUACCCAGUAUCCUUGAUGUUGUCAAUAAAAUAAAGGUAGGAGAGCAGACAAAACAAAAUUGA